UGUGAGCAGUUGAGCGAAUGAAAAAAAUGGCUGAAGCAAUGUCAAGUAAACAAGAUCUUUUCAUGUGCUCCAUUUGUUUGGAUCUACUGAAGGAUCCAGUGACACUUCACUGUGGACACAAUUACUGUUCGGGAUGCAUUAACAGCUGUUGGGAUCAGGAAGAUCAGAAGGGAGUCUACAGCUGUCCACAGUGUAGACAGACAUUCACUUCGAGGCCAGUUUUGAAAAGGAAUAAUGUUAUGGCCGAGCUUGUGGAAGAAAUGAGGAAGACUACAAUUCAACCUGAUGCUCCCGCUGACCAUGGAGAUGUGCAGUGUGAUGUUUGCUUCGAGAAAAAACUCAAGGCUGUGAAGUCCUGUCUGGAUUGUCUGAUGUCUUAUUGUGAAACUCACUUUAAAGCUCACAACGAUCUCAACAGAGGGAGAAACCACUCAAUAGUCGACGCCACUGGACAACUACAGGAAAGGAUUUGCCCCCAUCAUAACAAGGUUCUUGAAAUCUUUUGUCUUACUGAUCAGAGUUGUGUCUGCUACUUGUGCACGAUGGACCAACAUAAAGGCCAUGACACCAUCGCAGCGGCAGCCGAAUGCAGUAACAAAAAGCAAAGCUUUCUCAAGAUGAAAACGAGAUGCCAGGAGACAAUCCAGAAGAGAGAGAAGGAGGUUCAGGAGCUGAGGAGAGCAGUUGAUACUCUGAAGAGCUCAGCACAGUCUGCAGUGGAACACAGUGACCAGAUGUUUGAUGACAUCAUUCGCUCUGUUGAGAGAAGGCGCUCUGAGGUGACAGAGCUGAUCAGAGCUCAGGAGAAGGCGGAGCUGAGUCGGGCUGAAGGACUUUGGAAACAACUGAAGCAGAAGAUCUCUGAGCUGAAGAAGAGAGUUGCUGAGAUGGAGCAGCUUUCACACACACAGGAUCACAUCCAUUUCCUCAAGAAUGUAGGUUCCAUCUCUGAUAUUCCUGACAGUACAAUUCCAACCAGCCUGAACGUCAACUCCAUCCUCUCCUUUGAGUCGGUGAAAACAUCUGUCUCUUCACUGAAGACGCAGCUGGAGGAGAAAUUAGAUUCGAUCUUCAAGCAGGAAGCCGUCAAAAUAUCUGCAGCAGUGUCUGGAGUACGAGUGGUUAGUACUGAACCAGUGACCAGAGAGGACUUCUUGCAGUAUUACUGCAACUUCACACUGGAUCCAAACACUGCAAACAGAUACCUCCAUCUGUCUGAGGGGAACAGGAGGGUGAAGAGGAUGGAAAAGACCCUCCAGUCAUAUCCAGAUCAUACAGACAGAUUUGAUGACAAGUGGUGCCAGGUGCUGUGUAGAGAGGGUGUGUCUGGACGCUGCUACUGGGAAGUUGAGUGGAGUGGUGAGUGGGUUAAUAUAGCUGUGGCAUAUAAAACCAUCAACAGGAAAGGAAGUAAUGAUGCCUGCUGGUUUGGAGACAAUAAUCAGUCGUGGAGACUUACUGUAGACCCUAGAAAAACACAUGUCAAGCACAAUAAAAACCGCACUGACCUCCCUCUAGUGGCCAGCUCCAGAGUAGGAGUGUAUGUGGACCACAGGGCAGGGACUCUGGCCUUCUACAGCAUCUCUGACAAUAGGAUGACACUCCUGCACAAAGUCCAGACCACAUUCUCUCACACACUCUACCCUGGAUUUGCGUUUGCAGAUGGAUCAUCAGCUAAGCUCUUUGAAUCAGACAAUGAUGAGAUGAUGGCUGAGGAGCUGGAGCAGCUAGUGGAGCUAGUGUGUUGGCUCCGCUCAGACAAUGACCGCUUGACCCAGGAGGCGACCAACAGGCCAGUUGUGGCCGACCCCGCUGCCACGCCUGAGAUCUCCAAUGCUGCAUCGGAGCCUUCUAAUGGACGGAGUGUGUGUACUGCUCAGGGUACUGAGAGAUAUGUGAUGAUUGCCCAUGCUGUGUGGUACAGACACAUCCACAAACGCAAGAUAUCAGUUAUUGUAUCUGUCAUCAUUUGGAUCUUGUCAGCUGUCAUCACAUUCUUCACACCAGAGGAAUAUAGUUCAGGAGGAGCAGGAGGUUUCGUUGAUGGCCUCAGAGAACAGCUGGAAGAACAAGAGAAAGAUAAACCUCAUAUCAUGUAUCUCAAAGACAAGAGUAACAUGAACCAAUUUCCAGAAAUGGACGAAAACAUCUCUGAACUGAAGAUGGACCAGGAGGAGAAGGUAGAUUCCAUCUGCAAGCAGGAAGCAGACACAGUAUCUGCAGCAGUGUCUGAAGAGCAGGCUGUUAUGGCUGAAGGAGUGACCAGAGAGGACUUCUUACAGUAUUACUGCCGCUUCACACUGGAUCCGAACACAGCGCACAGAUACCUCCAUCUGUCUGAGGAGAACAGGAGGGCGGAGAGGAGAGAUGAGGACCCCCAGUCAUAUCCAGACCAUCCAGAGAGAUUUGAUGAGAAGUGUCAGGUGCUGUGUAGAGAGGGUGUGUCUGGACGCUGCUACUGGGAAGUUGAGUGGAGUGGUGAGACGUGGGUUAACGUUGCCGUGUCAUAUAAAACCUUAAUAAGGAAAGGAAACAUUAAAGACAGCUGGUUUGGAGGCAAUGAGCAGUCCUGGAAACUGUAUGUGGGUGGGGCCCACAAUAGUGGGGUGACAGCGUUCGCCCACAAUAAUAUGAGUUGCAGUGUAGGAGAGGGAAGCUCUGGAGUAGGAGUGUCCAGAGUAGGAGUGUAUGUGGACCACAGGGCAGGGACUCUGGCCUUCUACAGCAUCUCUGACACUACAAUGACACUCCUGCACAAAGUCCAGACCACAUUCUCUCACACACUCUACCCUGGGUUUCGGUUAGGAGCUAGAUCAUCAGUGAAGCUGUUGUGACUAACUUACACCUAGCAAGCACAGGUGCCCAUUUAGAAAAGAAUUUCCAUGCGUAACAAUGUUCCAUUUUAUUUUUUCAAUUUUUCCAGAUUUGCACAAUUAUUUGACCAUGUGUUUGAUCUGUAUUUUAUAUUACACAUG